AUGUACAUGGUCUUUUUCCUCGUCGAGUGGAAAGUGGCCAAGCAUCCUUUGGUGCCAAUUCAAUUCUUCGCGACGAUGCCACGCAUUGCGAUCUUGAUGGGCGGCUUCCUUCAAGCCCUGAUCAUGACUGCUACAACAUACUUCAUCCCGGUGUACUUCCAGGUCGUGUUAGCUGCAUCGCCGCUGAAGUCUGGGGAGGAAAUCUCCAAAGAGGACGCGUCAGCGGGUACUUCCACCUUCCAAUUGCUCAAACAGUUCGGACAGGCCGUCAGCAUCGUUUUCGGCCAGCUUGUAAUCCAAGGGUAUAUUAGGACACACGCCGGGGACCUCCUCCGCAUCGGUGUCUCUCAGAUUACGAUCAGUGAUCUGACUACUGGGCAAACGAUAGUGUCGAUUCUAGAGACGGAGCCCAAGUCAGGACCAGGCAUUGCAUUGCGCGAAAUGUUCGUCCAGGCUCUCAAGAUGAUGUCAGUGCUCUACACAGCGUUUGCAGGCGUUGCACUCAUAGCAAGUUUUGGCGUGCCAAUGAGAAAGAUACCUAGAGACGCGUCGAAUGAGGAGCCGGCUGAUGCCGCGGUUGAAAAGGACUAG